AUGUCCUGGCACGGCCAGCAAAUGAGGGCGGUGGAGGAGCGGUCGCGAGUGGAGAAGGACGAGCUCAGGCGGGAGAUGACAGAGCAGCAGCAGCGCAUGCAGAAAGUGCGCCACCACACUGCCUGCUCCACUUCACACACUGCACCGUACUCUACCGCAUUCAACAUCCAUACCCUCACAGCUCUCACCGUGUCCUUCCUUCACCACCCACCAUCUACUAUCCCCCUCACUCACUUCCUGUUACGUCCUCUUACCCGUAUCCCCUGCCUCUCCCACAUCCCCCCUCCUCCUUUCCUCUCCCCCACACCAUCCCACCACCCCACGGACCCACGUGGGCGUGCGGGCGUGCGAGGCGAGCAGGAGCUGGAGUCGGCGGCGGGGAGGGAGGAGCGGAUGAGGCGGCAGCUGAUGGAGGCGCAGGAGGGCAUAGCGCACCGCGACGCCUUCCUGCAGCAGCUGCAGGAGGAGGCCGCGCUCUCCGCCUCCGCGCUCAAACAGGCCGCCAGGGUGGGUGGGCUGGGGGGAAAGGGCUAA